CACGUACAGAAAAAGCCCUAAAGGGCAUAGAAGGAAGAAGACGACUGUAAACCGCGAAAAACCCUACCUUGAAGCCUUUUUGCAGUCAAAGAAAAUGGAGGAAACUUCCAUGGAAGAGCACGAACAAACCCUAGAAACGGAGGUGGCUCCGGCCCUUAUCGCAGUCCACCCCACCCAACAAUCCGUCGCUGCCGCCGUCGGGUCCGACCUCCGUGUCUUCAUUCUCGAAGAAGGUUGUUCAGUUGCUCUGGUAGAUGAUUCUGCUGGGCCUCUUCAUAAGGAUUCUAUUAGAGCAAUUCGUUAUGGUGCAAAAGGAAGGCUCUUUGUAUCAGCUGGUGACGAUAAACUGGUCAAGAUUUGGUCCACAAAUUCAUGGCGUUGUAUAUGUACUGUGUCGUCGGAGAAGAGAGUGAGUGCACUUGCCAUAAGCAAUGAUGGUCUGUUUGUCUGUUUUGCUGACAAGUUUGGUGUCGUUUGGGUUGUGGAUCUGGAUGGUUCCCAUGAAAAUCAACCUUUAGUCAAUAAGAAGGCAGUGCCACUUCUUGCCCAUUAUUGUAGCAUCAUUACCAGCCUGGAAUUCUCAGCAGAGGGGCGAUUUAUUAUUAGUGCUGAUCGGGACUCCAAAAUCCGUGUUACCGUAUUUCCCAAGAAGCCUUUAGAUGGAGCUCAUGAGAUACAAAGUUUUUGCCUUGGUCACACUGAGUUUGUAUCCUGCCUUGCCUUUGUUUACAGUUCAGAUUGUCCAGAGGGGUUUCUGGUCUCGGGCAGUGGUGACUCAACGGUUCGGUUGUGGGAUCUUACCUCUGGGUCUCUUCUUGAUAUCUUUGAAGUUGGAGCAGAGGCAGGACUUGUACAGUCUAAUGGAACAGAACAGGAGGGCUAUCCAGCCGUCACUGAUUUAUGUGCCACUCCUGAUGGCUCGUUAAUUUCAGUAGCCAUUCAAAGCUUGCCAGGAGUUAUGAUUUUGAGCUGCGACCUUUCUGCUAAAACUCUUUCCAUUGUCAAGGUAAAAUAGCAAUUUUCUUAGAGGAUGUAUGUGGACUGUGAAUGGGGGCAACCGAGUAUGAAUUGAACACUACAAGUUCCUGUCACUAUUAUUUAUUUGUGUCACCAAUAUUUUUUUCUGUCUGAUUGCCACAAUGAUGGCUGCCUGGAAAGUUAGGUUGCUCAUAUGUCGACAAAGAUUUCAAUCCUCACAUUUGGGGUCCUUCAAGUGUACAAUAUUUUGGAGAAUUUUAAUUGAAUCAUAAUAUGAAAGUGCAAAAUAAAAUUAUGCAUAUGCUGGAAACUGUGCUUUUGGAGAAAGCUACUUGCAUUUCCAACAAGAUAUUGGCACUUAUACAGAUUAUAAUAUUCUCUUACAGAAACUGCCCAAUCAUCAACAGAUCUAAACAAAUAAUCUUGCGCUCAUUAUUUGUUUUUCUCUGUUAUUCUAUAUUUCUUGAAUGUUGUUGCAGGUGGUUUCCAUCACUGGAGAGGCCUUCAUUCCCACAAGCUUAGGAGCUGCCUCUUCAGCAGAAUUAUUAUGGAUGGUCAUGGGUGUCUCCAAUUUACAUGGUUCAGUUUCUGGAUCUUUAGCCCGUGUGAGAGUUAUAUCUGGUUUUAACAAAAAAAAAAGGAAUCUGCUGGGCACGAGCCUAUUUUGUUGGAAGAUAAUGACAUUCCUGGUGGACAGCAACUUCUGCAGAAGCUACAGGGAGAUUUGUCUAUCGAGAGAGAAGUAUUCUCUGCAGCCGCGGAAGCUGUGAAAACUGCAUUGCGCAAUUUGUUGAUCAAAAAACAAUACUCUGCUGAGAGACGGGAGCAGAGAAAGAGAGGACGAAAUGAUAAAAAAACAAAACUGUAGCAAGAUUUCACAAUGUUAUCGCUGUUCUUUGUGCAAUUUUUCCUUGUGGGGCAGAAACUCAUGUCAUCAAAGUUGUUGCAGAACAUCCCGACACUUGUAAGUCUUCUACAAGUUAAUUGUUUAUCAUAUGAUCAUCAAUACUUAUUACCCGGUUUUGCAGUCAAUUUUUG